GGUGUCACGUGACGCGUGUCCAUGGCCGAGGGGAAGCGGCGGAGGAGUCGGAGGAAACCUUUCUAUUGUGCCUGGUCUCUGGAAUGGCAUCUGACAAAAUGCAUCCAUUUGGGAGAGAGGAAGAGGACUCAUUGGAGAGGCUUUUCGUGUUCUUCUGCGAAAGCAUACGUCAAGGACAGUGGGACCUGGCACUGGCCUGUAUACCUCAACUGAGGCAAUGGCAAGGUGAUGGAGCAGAGCAAGUGAAGGAAAUCCUUCAGGCUAUAGUAGCCUGUCCUUACAAGCUAAGGUGGGAGUCCACUUCUAGUCCUCACCAUCUUGCCUGGUUGUGGCUACGAGAGGUGGAACGAUGGUGGCCACAAGAUCAGAUGCUGCUUCCGUCAUUUGCCAGGGGAAAGAUUGAAUUUUUUCUUCUUCUGGAACAGUUGCAACCUGAGAUUUCACAAGAUAUAAUAAAGGAGCUGUAUGGUGCCUUUUUGAAUAGUCAUAACCUGGAAAAGAAAGGGGAUUGCUCUCAACUAAGUCUGGAGGCAUUGUCCUUCCUGUGGCACCUAUUGCGCAGUCGUCCUCGCCUCAUGCAGGCUGUGGUUGCUUACUUACUGAUUGAAAACCCAAACAGCGUUGGCGUAGAAUACAAUUACACACUGCAGAAACAAUUUGUUGACUUCUUGAGGGAUGCCCUGUGUUCUCUGAAGGAGCCUGAAGGUGGUUCUGCCUCGGGUGGACGUGAAUGGACUGUGAAACAAAUCUAUUCGGUUGUAUCUGUGCUUACUUUCAAUGUGGAAAAGCAGUUGUGUGAACUCCGACAGUUAUGUGAAGAGCUCUAUGAUGCUGUAUGUACAGUAGAGUAUGGAUUGAGUGAAGAGCGAUUACUUGGUUGUAUGCUGCGGAACCAAGAUCAGGCUCUGAUCAGUUUGUACACUACUGUAGCUACUGACAAGAGGAAAGAGAAGUUCCUGACACAGAUGCCAACUGAAAAAGUUUCUCUUGAAGUAUCAGAAGCUGAAAAGAUGACACUGGCAUUAUUUACAGACUCUGAGGAACUUUCUGCCUGGAAGACAGCUUACUUCUACUGUACAAGCAACAGUAAGCACUUCCUGGAGCAGGUUCUGAUCACUGGUCUGGGAUUAAUAAAACGUGAGAAUUACUGCACUUUAAGCGAACUGCUGAAGCGGACGUUUAAGCCCCUUGCACGUCUGCUGGUGUUGCUGGGAUGGACCUGCUGCCGAAGUCUUGAAUCGGCACAGUCUCUGCUGCGCACCCUCCAUGAAGGCAAGGAGCUGUGUUAUGAUGUUGUACUGCAAGACUUCUGUAGUGCACUUUCUACUCACACCGAGGUCCUUGAAUGGUGUUUGAAACAGAACAGCAACAGCGUACGUAAUGAGGAGUUUAUUCAGCACCUGUACAGUGUGGAUUGCCAUUCUGCUUUGUACAGUUUAAAUCGCCUUACCAACCUUCCUGCAUUGAAAGUGAAAGAUGUCACUGCCCUUCUUCAGAAACAGCCAGCUAAUUUCAAUGGUGAUAAUAGAUCACUUGCCAUGAUUCAGAGAAGGAACUUAACGCUCUAUCAAGCAUUUAGUGCCAUCAAAUAUGCCAUAUACUCACUUUGUGUUAAUGCUCAUGAAGGGUCACAGUGCAUAGACUGCCCGUAUUCCUCACUGGAUACAGCUGUUGAAGAUGCUUUGCUUGACAAGGAGUUAAUGAACGAUCAGCUCUCCAGUUCAGGCUGUUCCAGAGUUUUCAAACUCUACUUCAUCAAGUGCCAGGCUUUCCUACGUGUGAUCCCAGCUCCUUUCCGCUUAGAGGUAUUGGAGAACAUCUUCUCUUUGCUGUUCUUGACCUACAGUGACCUAUGUGGAGAUAAAAUAAGGACCGAAGGACAAUUUGGCUUUGAGGAAGAGGGGGAGACUGAACAAAUCCAAACAUUUGAGAGCAGCACAGAGCACCCAGAACAAACAGAAGGACGUACGGUAAAUGUUGCCUCCAGUUGUGAGGGCACCCGGACAGAUUUGGAAGAGUGUAUGCUGCAAAGGAGCUCUAGAGUUCUCUACAAUGGCUCAAUACUGAAUCAGAAGACAGCAAAGCCUGAAUCAAAAGUCACUGGAUCUGAAUCAGAGAGCCUGGAAUAUCUAGAUCUGAAGCAUUUUGUGACCAGCACAAAGAGUGGGAGUGACGUUUUAGUGGAUGAAGUGACGAUGAGCAUAUUCCUGGAGAUGAUCGAGGGCCACCUAGUGGAAAUGAAGUGCCAAACUCCCCAGUUCUCUGGAAUGGUGCCUGGGGAGGAUGUGCAGCUCAUGGAAUGUCUGAGCUGUUCGAUUAGCGUAGAUGCCUUUGAGAACCGCCUGGCACAGCUUUCCAGGUACAUCUCUGAAGCCCUGUGGAGGUACAAAGUCGUGAUGAGCAACAAAACUGCAGAGGGAGAACUUUAUUGUUCGACUAAAAAAUACCCUGUUCCAUCACAACCCCCUGCUUCAAAGAGGAGAAGCAGAGCACGAAGAAAGAGGACAGAAUGCAGCAAUGGUUCCCAUCUAACAGUGGAGAGUAUGAGUGGAGAUUUAAGUCCCAGCACCUCAGAUGGGAGUGUUGGAAACCUGGUCGGCACAACUGAACAGGGCUGUAGGUCUCCAGAUCAAAAGCGAAAGCUUCUAAUACCAUUGAUGUUGGCUCCGCCAGAGUCUCUUCUGAUUUCCUGUAUCCUGCGAGGAAACUUUACCCAAGCACAUCAGGUUGCACUGAUGUUCAAUAUGCAGUCUGCCUGCUGCUACGGUGAAUUGGUAUUUAUGGAACGCUAUCAACAAGUAAUCAGUGAACUCGCCAAAGUAGAACAGAAAAUGGAGAACACAACGACAGAUAACCGCAAGCUAAGUGGAGGCGGCCGGUUUACACUUCAAGCCAUCGGCAACGCUGCAGCAGCAGGUAUGGUGUUUUACUCCAUUUCUGAUGUUGUGGAUAAGCUGAUUAAUUCAUCUGAAGGUGCUAAUUCAGCACUGCUUGAGGAUUUCUGGAAGAGUAAAUUACAGAUUGAACCGAGUGAUCCUCUCCGUGAGCUACUGGAGGACCUCAGUGCUGCUGCUAUGGCUGUCUUUGACCUUGCUUGCACCCAGUGUCAGCUGUGGAAGACCUGCAAACAGCUGCUGGAGACAGCAGAAAGGAGACUCAUGGCUACUUUUGAGACAAAAGGUCGAAAGAUUGAUUCUGUUCGGUGCUACCCAGAUGGAAUUCAAGGUUUUCCUGCCGUCCUUCAGCAAAUAAGUAAAAUUCUAAACUGUUCCCACAGUUCACGAGGACCAUCCAAACCUGAGACUGAGGAGAGAGCUGCCAGACAGUAUAACUGCAGUAUAACCGAGCUCCUGCUAACACGGUACCCAGUACUGACUGAGGACUGCAUCACAAGCCACCUUAUCUUGUCACAGUGUUUGGAGAACAUCAUGAAGAAGUUAGAAGCAGCAAUGGAGCCCACUGAGAUAAAGGGAAAUAUACUCACCUGCCUCAUGGAACAAACAAGUGUCCGAUCCCAGGAUUCAGAAGGGCAUCCAGUCCGCAAUCAAAUGAAGCAGCUGUUGAAGAACCUGGAUCAGCAGAUCCAGACUAUGAAAGAUAACCACAUCAGGGCAGACUAUGUGCGGAGCCUGUUUGACUAUAUCAAUACACUAGCAGCAAUACUUGUUCGGAGUAUGAAUCGAGAUCUGGAUCAAUCUGCAGAGGUAAAAGUGGGAAAUCCCUUCUUGGUUCUUCGACAAACUCCCUCACAGCUCUUAGCACAUUUGCUUUUUGAGAAGCCGGCGUCACCUGACAGGUUGUUCUGUUUGCUGCAAAAGGAAGAACUGAACUUAAAUAUACAGAAGAUCAUUGUUAGCUGCUGCUGUGAGCAUCUGCCUCUGUGGAACACUAAAAAAUUUGGCCAGUGCCCAGCUUUUCUUGCUGAAGUCACUGAACUGAUUGAAAAACACACCAAGGACUGUCUGCCUCAUUUGGGAAUUGAGUUUCCGAGCUUGUUCCAGCAGACAGAAGAAAAUGUGAAAGAAGAAUCCCGAGCAAUUUUGCCAGGUUCCUUGGGUCCGUAUUCUUUGAUUCCCUCUGCACUGAGUUUCCUGAAGUCACGCUCAAAGUUGCUGGCCGUCGUUGUCUGCCUGACUGCUACCCGUGGUCAAAAGGCAUUGAAACAGAAUCUGUCAUGGAAGGAACGCCUGAGUGGUCGCACGGAGACCCCAUUUGACAUGGAACAAAUCUCCAAGGAAUGUGAACAGUUGAUGAAGGAGUUUCCUGUGCUGGAACACUUUCUCGCUGCAAUGGCUGAACCCCUUCAAAGGAGCCAGGAAGAAAACAACAGUCUUGUCAGUUCUCUGUGUGGUAACCCAUAUAUCACUCUCAUGUUGUCAGGCCUCCACUCCAAAGCGGCUGUCAACACACUCAUUGAAGGUUUCAGGCAGGUUCUGUCUGACCAAGACUGGCCUCGUGCAUUGAGGAUUCUUGAUGUGUAUGGUGAAGAGAUUGCAGAAUUUGAGCAUCUCAAAGAUAUUUUGCUCAGCUGUGCUGCUGUACAAAGUGAGGAAGGUUGGAAGUAUCAUUUCCGUGUACAAAAUGCUGUUCUCAGAGGUAAACUGACUCUCUGUUGCUUGGAGAAGUGGCCCCUUGAUGCUUGCCUGGAGGUUCUGUCGUACUGCCUGAGUGAUCCUGGUACAGAUGAGGGUGAAUUGAAAUCAGAGCUGCACACAAAGAGAAAGGAGUUACAGGUUUAUGAGAAGGUCCUUAGCCUGAAGUCUUUGUUGCUAUGCUCCAGCUGGCAAGAAUUGCAGAAUGAAUCCAGUGAGAACCCGCAAACUGUAAUGGAUGUGAUUUUGAGAGCUGGGGAGUUUGAGCUUUGUGAGUCUUGGGUGCAACUGCACCCUGUUUCAACAUACUUCACAAUGAAACUUCAAUGUGAAUACCUUCUUCACCUACUUGAGCAAGGAGAUGGGGAGAGAGCAUUCCAGCUCUUGCAGGGAAUAUCUGAUCAUGAGAUCUGCCGAGCUGUGUGUGAACAGGCUCUAGACCAGCAUCCAGGACUAGCUACUCGUCAUUUUCUGGCUAAUUACCUUACCACGCACUUUCACAAGAGCCUGUCUGCUGCUCGGUGCCAUGAAAUACAGGCCAUGCGCAUAGGAUCAAAGUUGUUGCUGACGUUACCAGAAUCGGCCCGCGACAAAUAUUCGCACCUGUCCUCCAACCCGCUGCUGAUGCUGGAACAGCUUCUCAUGAACCUGAAAGUGGAUUGGGCCACAGUGGCUGUCCGGAUACUUCAUCAUCUCCUUGUGGGGCAAGAAGCUGGCUUUGCCAUGAAAGAUAUCGAUGCUCUCCUUUCCAAGUAUGCAGCCAAGGCACUUGAAGUCCCAUAUGCAGUGCGAGAGAAAACUCGAUCCGAUUCCGUAAUUAACCUGCAAGAUUUGCUCACUCAGAGUGCCGGACCAGAAAACCUGACUAUAUUAUCCAGCACUGAGAGAAAGGCCAGUGUAACAUCUGGUAACUCAUCCCUCCAAGGACCUCCAAUUCUACAGGAAUGUUUGUUACGAAGAUCUACGUCAGUCAGUGAAUUUGUUCCUCCUGAAAUACCGCCUGCUAAGGAUGACUGGGUGCCUGAUGAUGAUGCAGUGCUCUGCAUGGUCUGUUGGAAGGAGAGGUUUACGAUGUUCAAUCGGCGGCAUCACUGCAGACGUUGUGGUCGUGUUGUUUGCAAUUCCUGUUCAAUCAACAAAAUGGUGGUUGAAGACUGUAGAGAGAACCCUGCACGAGUUUGUGACCAGUGCUACAGCUACUAUCAUAAGAAGGAAAGGGAGGGAGACCCAGACCAAAGCGAAGAUGUGAACGGCAAUGACGGUGGCUUGGAUUUUGCAGCAGCUUUGCAGAAUCCCCUGGUGGCAGAGAACCCUUGGUGUCUAACUCUGAAUGAAAGUGAAAAUGAGAAUGAGCGCAGUGAGUUUUUCUAUGAACAGGCUCCCAGCGCUUCUUUGUGUAUUGCCAUUUUCAAUCUGCACAGUGAUAGUAUGGUUUGUGGCCAUCAGCUGAUCGAUCACUGCAGCAAGCUUUCACGAGCACUAACUAACCCGGAAAUGGAUGCCUGUCUCUUAAUGGACAUCAUGAAGCAGCUCCUCUUCAGUGCAAAGAUGAUGUUUGUGAAAGCCGGCAGGAGCCAAGACUUGGCACUUUGUGAUAGUUAUAUCAGCAAAGUGGAUGUGGUGAAGAUUCUUGUUGCUGCUAACUACCAGGAAGUGCCCUCCCUCGAGCAAAUCCUCAAACCAGCAGCAAUAACCAGACUAAGAAAUAAGCUUUUAGAAACCGAGUAUUAUGCACUGGCUGUUGAGGUUUCAACUAAAAGCGGACUGGAUCCAGGCGGAGUAUGGCAUGCCUGGGGCUUAGCUUGCCUUAAAGCUGGAAACUUAUCUGCAGCUCGGGAGAAAUUCAGUCGAUGCUUGAAGCCACCAUUAGAUCGAAAUCAGUUGACUCUUGGCCCUCCACUGCUGAAGGAAAUAGUGCAGCAUCUGGAGACCUGUGUUAAACCAGUCCUGACUGCGCUAGAUGAUGACAUCCUUGCCUCACUCCGAGAACUGGAGGCCACUUUAAACGUCGAUGGGUUCGGCCUAGAAAUCGUUGGGGAUGGAAAGCUAAAGCAAAAAGUCUUCUACCAGGAAUGCCUGUUCUACCUGCAGAUGUAUGGACCUAAUCUGGCCAUCAUUUGCUUUUAUAUGAGACAUAACUGCAUGAGAGAAGCAUUGCAGCACUUGUUGGAUAAGGAGUGCCCCGAUGAAGUGUUCAUUGAUGGGAUUUUUGUACCAAGUUAUGAAACUGGAAAACUGCACUUUUUGGAAAACUUAAUGGAAAAUAUGGAUUCAAGUCUGGAGAGUUGGAGCAGCUACCUCAUUGCAUCCUGCAAACAUUUACAGACCAGAGGUUUCUUCAACAUCUUGUACGAUUUGCAGCGUUUUAUGAAGGACCACAUGCGGUCGGCCAUGACUUGCAUUAGAUUUUUCAGUCAUAAAGCAGAUUCGUAUAGUGCUCUGGGGGCUAAGCAAGCCUGGCUGAUCGAGGCAAAAGGUCACCUGAAGACGUAUCUUCAGGAAGUGUCCAGCAGGUCGUCAGUACGAAAGAAAACCGUAAACUCUUUUCGUAAGAAAAUGUCUGCGGCAGAUGUUUCAAGAUACAUCAACACGAUUGAGUUGCAGAUUGAAGUGACCAAGUUCUUGCAUCGUUGUGAAAGCUCAGCAACAUCUAGAAUUACUGGACCCCCUGUCAGUCUCUUUGGGAAUAACAACAUGAAGAUGGCCGUUGCAUGCAAGGUUCUGCUCGGAGGCAAAAAUAUUGAAGAAGGUUUUGGAAUUUCUUUCAGAAUCAUACAGGACUUCCAGCUGGAUGCAGCUGCUGUGUAUAACAAAGCUGCGAAACACCUUCUACACGAACGUCAGUUCUGUCAGAUCAGACAGCUGUUGAAAUGUGUUCGAGAGUCAGGAGUGGCCAGCAGCGAGGACACUGAUCACCUCCUCAUCCGCUUCAUUGAAGGAGGUGACCAACAGCUUUCUCAGUCUAAAGAACUGGAAAAACUGAUUUUGGAAAUGAAAAGCGAUGAAAAUAAGAUCAAGGCUUUCAUGAUUUGUAAUAAGUACCGCUCAGCUUACCUGGUUGCUGUGAAGUUUGAACCUCCGCGAGCAGCACAAGUCAUACAGGAGGUGUUGGAGGCCGCCGAGAGAGCGGAGGAUGAUCUGAUACCGAAGAUUUGUAGAGACUGGCUGAAAGCACACCAGCCUAAGAUGCUGCCUCAAAAACCCCACAGCGUGCUCAAAUAAAGUGCAACCGGAGGACGAUGAGGCACAUGGGAACAUAAUUGCUACUGCAAAUGUUCUUAUAAAAUCUUGGCAGAUUCAACUGAAAAGGGUGAGGAUAAAGUGGCAAUAAUUCCUUGGGACAGUCAUUCCGUGAUCGGUACGUUUCCUGCUGAGAGGAAACAGAAUGAGAUUUUUUACUAGUCAAACUUUGCAUUUUGUUGUAGUUCCUUCUCAGUGCCUAUCUGCAGUGGCUCUGACCCUGUUGGUUUGAGGUUGGUUUGAAUUGUGACCUUGCUUCUUUUAUACUGUAGCCAAUUGCAAUCAGGCUGAGCCACAGUAGGAGCUCUGCAGCAAGAUAUCACCAAUAACAGCAGUAUUAUGAGCUCAAGGUCAGCAAGCGGGUUCUACUGGCAACUGACACUCACGCUUUAUGAAGGUGUAAAUUUAUAAUAGAUUAUCUGAGGAUUGCAAUUGAGAUUUGCCAGCACAAGUGAACAUUGGCUGCCGCGUUCGCCCACAAAUAUUUAUAGUCAAAUUCAC